ACAUUUUCCAGUUUGUCGUGUUUUCCCAAACGAAACGAGUGAAAAGUUUUGCUUUUUUCCCCGCGUCGAAAAAUUCUCCUCGCAAACAAAGUAUGCCCGGGGCCGGUGGCAGCAUGGACUUCCUGAAGGAUUUGAACCAACCGAAGGUGUACGAGCUGAAAAAGGCCUUCUGUUUGUUCGACCUGGAUGGUGACGGCGUCAUCAGCGAGCAGGACCUCAAGAACACUUUCCUCACGCUGGGGCUGGACAAGUCCGAUGCCGACAUUAUCAAAAUGUUCGACGGAGUUGUGCAACCGCUCAAUUUGGACGUAUUCCUGCUGCUGGUGCUGCAGCGCGCAAAUGGCCUUGCCCCGAUGGAUGCCAUGGUGAACGCUCUGCGCUUCUGGGACAAAGCCAACACCGGCUUCAUCGAUAAGGAAAAGUUCAAGUUCGACCUCAUGACGUACGGUGAUCGAUUCACGGCCGAUGAAGCGGAGGAAGCCCUGGCGGACGCGGCUGUGACCCGUGGGCCCCAAGUAACCCGAGAUGGGCAGCUGAUUGAGAAGAUUGACUACGUCGAUUUUGCGGAGAACAUUUCCGGUUUCCAGCGCACGGAUCACAACUAGCCGACGACAGCGAGGGAUGCAAUGAUUGAGAGUGGGGGAUCAUUGUAGAAGAGGUGCUGUUUUGGAAGCGAGUCAAAAAGGUCUGUUUUUUAUUUCGAUGGAGGAUAGGAAGAUGGCACGAUAGGAAGAUAGAAAAUGCAAUCUGUUUCGAUUCGGAUAUAGAGCAAGGAAGACUCACAUAUUUCAGGUUUUUGUUUUAUUCUGGUUAGCAACUACGUGCAGCGCAGAAAACGGGAAAUUUUAUUCAGAUUGUUUUUGGUGUGGAAAUAAAAUGAGGCAACCUGCCUCUCACGGAAUAGGACCGUUCGCCAAUGUACUGCCAGGAAAAACACAAUAUUUGGCAUGCAAUGCAGUAUGGAAUAAUAAAGGAAAGCUAUCUGGUUCAA